CAUUGUUGUAGUGCCAUUGCUGAACCCCACCACACACAAGUACGCAACAACACACACACAACCACGAGACUCGUGGAAGCUCGGCGAAAUCCAACGAGGCCUGCCUAGAAAAACGCCACCUCCCUCGGCAUCUUCUUGCUUGUUUGAUUCUUGGUGGAACCGUGAGCAGUUUGGUUCAGCCUUCCGGGCUCAGUUCAGUCUGAUGUGAAUGGAAGUUUCAUCACUAUUCCGAGAUUGCUAUUUUGAUUAACUAUAGCUUGUGGAAUUACUUGACCAUCUUGUUUGAUAAACAUCAGUUAUGGCAACAGCGGCUUCAAAACCAAUGCCUCAAACCCUCCCAGAAAUCCCAACCGCCCCAGAACCACAGCAGUAUCCCAAGACUGCUUCCGACAUCCCCAAAUCAAACAGCUCCUGUGCUUCAGUACCCAGAGCGCGACAAGAACCAAAUCACAGCAAAUUGAAUCAUAAAUUGGACUCAAAGGAUCAAAAGCCAAACCACAACCGGAAGGAACCUGAUGAUGUUUCUUCAAUCAAGCGUCCGGCUGAAGUGAGUGAAGACAUGGUUUCAGAAGGUGUUUCAAAUCAAGAAAAGAAGGUCGUGGAGUAUGAGAGUGUAAAUGGAAGCUCCACCUCAUUUCACACAUGCGAAGGGAGUGGUCCAGGAAAAGUAAGUGGAAGCGUUAGGUUGACGGAUCGAUCCGAGACUGGUGAAAGGGGUAGUAGUAGCAGAUGCAGGCCAAGCACAAGCAGUGAUAUCAGUGAUGAGAGUUCAUGUAGCAGCAUGAGCAGCACAAAGCCUCACAAGGCAAAUGAUUCACGGUGGGAGGCGAUUCAGAUGAUCAGGGUGAGAGAUGGGAUCCUUGGGUUGAGCCAUUUCAGGCUGUUGAAGAGGCUAGGCUGUGGUGAUAUUGGCAGUGUGUAUCUCUCUGAACUGAGCGGGACAAAGAGCUAUUUUGCGAUGAAGGUUAUGGACAAGGCUUCACUAGCAAGCCGUAAGAAGUUGCUCCGAGCUCAAACGGAGAAAGAGAUUCUGCAAUGCCUGGAUCACCCCUUUCUUCCUACACUGUAUACUCACUUCGAGACCGAUAAGUUCUCAUGCCUGGUGAUGGAAUUCUGCCCAGGAGGAGACCUGCACACCCUUCGACAGAGGCAACCUGGCAAAUAUUUUCCAGAGCAAGCUGUGAAAUUCUAUGUAGCAGAAAUCCUCUUAGCUUUAGAGUACCUGCACAUGCUCGGCAUCAUAUACCGUGAUCUGAAGCCAGAAAAUGUCCUGGUUCGGGAGGAUGGACAUAUCAUGCUGUCUGACUUUGACCUCUCACUUCGCUGCGCGGUUAGCCCAACACUGAUAAAAUCAUCCAACCCGGAUGCUGAAGCACUCAGGAAGAACAGUCAGGGUUACUGUGUCCAGCCAGCAUGCGUCGAGCCAUCCUGCGUGAUUCAGCCAUCAUGUGCAGCCCCUACAACCUGCUUCGGCCCUCGAUUCUUCAAAUCCAAGAAAGAUCGUAAACCGAAGCCUGAAAUUGCGACCCAGAUCAGCCCUUGGCCAGAGCUCAUAGCAGAGCCCAGUGAUGCGCGCUCAAUGUCAUUUGUCGGAACACAUGAGUACUUGGCCCCUGAGAUCAUCAAAGGAGAGGGCCAUGGUAGUGCUGUUGACUGGUGGACAUUCGGGAUAUUCUUGUAUGAACUUCUGUUUGGAAAGACACCAUUCAAGGGCUCUGGCAACCGGGCUACACUAUUCAAUGUCAUUGGCCAGUCAUUGCGCUUCCCAGAGUACCCAGUUGUGAGCUUCUCAGCAAGAGACUUGAUAAGGGGUCUACUUGUGAAGGAGCCCCAGCACCGGUUAGCUUACAAGCGUGGUGCCACAGAGAUAAAACAGCAUCCAUUCUUUGAAGGCGUAAACUGGGCGUUGAUCCGAUGCGCAAGCCCACCGGAGGUACCAAAGCCUGUCGAAAUUGAGAGGCCACCAAAGGUGCCCCCAUCCACAUCUGGAACUACUGAUGUGUCUAGUGGUGUGCCUCAGAAAGGUUCUGAUGGCUACUUAGAGUUUGACUUUUUCUAAUGAAUAUAUGGAUUUUCGAUAUAUCGAUUCUACGAUGAGAUGUAGGGCAUUUUUUAGGUGUAAUGUUUCUGGCAGGUGAUAAGUGUUGUAGAUUGUCCACUGCAACCUGUUUCUGUUGUUUCCAGCAUAGUUUAAAUCUUUUACAGCUUGUGUUUCAACAA